AUGAUGGAUGCAAGCCAGCCAGGCAAAUUAGAGGAUUACCAACGAUUACUUUUGCAACCUUUCCUGUCCAAGAGAUUGGAAAAUGAGCUAUAUAAUAAAUUGAUGAACUAUUGUGAGAAGGAACGCGAUUCCCAUAGUUUAUUUCAGCUAGGUUGCCUAUAUCAACAAGGUCUCGGCAAGUGCGAAAAGGAUUUACAUAAAGCUAAGCAGUUACUUGAUAAUGCAGCUAAACUGGGUCAUGCUAGAGCUAUGUACAAUCUCUGUCAGCUUUAUGGAAGCCAACCAUCUGCUCAAUUUGCCAAUGUUGUUAGUGAAAGUGAAUUAAUUGAUAUCAAAGUACAUUGGUAUAUAGAAUCUUCCUCUCAGGCUCUAGUCUAUUCUAACUCUGGAAUCGAGUUAUGGAGUAAUUAUAAUGCUUCAGUAGCUUGGCGUAAGGCUGUUAUGGCAGAAAGGGCACGUUUGCUAGAUAGAAUUUCCCAGAAAGAUUACCAAGAUAUUCUCCAAUUAGGCAAACUCAUGAAUCAGGUCAGUUACAUUGCCCUACAACUAAGUACAGAUGAUAGCGGCUAUAAGACUGCAAUAGACGGCUUGGAAUCGGCAUGUCGUCUUGGUAGUGCUGAUGCCUAUUGGAAUCUGGCUGCAUUAGUAUACCACAAUGGUCUUGGUGUAAACAAAGAUGAGGAAAAAAAACUUCAACUCAUGUAUCAAGCAGCUGAUAGCAACCAUGUUAGAGCUCAAUUUUGGUUAGGAGAGUAUCUAUUUUCAUCAUUAGUUGGUAUGGAAGAACAGUGUACAAAGGCUUUGAAGUAUAUGAAGCAAUCAUUGCAAUAUCCUUUUGCUAGUACCCUAUUCUGGAUUGGCUAUGGUCAUUUGUUAGGUACCGGUGUAAGUCAAAAUUAUGCCCUUGCAGUGCAAUACUUUCAACUUGCUGCUGUUUCCUCCGAUUACCUAUUUGGCAUCGGAAAUAGUUCAGCUUGUAGUUGGUUGGCUUUUAUGUAUACCAAGGGGCUAGGUAUGACAAUAGACUUUACGAUGGCGUCUCAUUAUUACGCUAUGGCAGCAAAAUCAGGAAAUAAGCAUUCAUUUAAUGAUUUAGCCAAACUAAUAGAAAAAAGGAAAAUUUCUUGUUGCGAGUUAGAUAUCGCGAUUAAAUUAUACAGCAUAGGUGCUGGGGAGAACGUGGAAGAUACGUCGUCUUAUUAUGCCAGACUUAGACUUGGAAAAAUAUACUCGAACAAACGCUAUCAUAAAAUUUACAAUCAAGAGAAAGCUACUGAGUACUUUACUCAAGCAUUACACUUACUGAAAUCGUCUGUUUGUAAGGAUACACGUUCCUAUCGUUACUAUCACUUGGGAAUCAUUUACGAAAAUGGAUAUAAUACUGAUGUAGAUUAUUCUCAAGCAGCUAAAUAUUAUUCAUUGGCGAAAGAAGCAGCUGCUAAGGUUUAUGAUAUAUUAGAUAGAUAUUACGGAAAGAAGGCCGAAAAAAGACUUACUAAAAUUAUGAAUUUAACGCUAGCAAAAAAAGAAAGUAAACAAACAACAGUUUAA